AUGGAACCAGAAACGGAAGACCAAGAGCAGAGUGGUAACUUGGCCCCCUGGUCAGGUUCAGAUGGGUCCCAGGAGAUUUAUGUGUCUGGGUCUGUGGUAGAGUCCCACAAUGAAGAUGAAGUCAGCGAAGCAGAGUACCCGUUAGAGCCAGAAAGUACUUAUAUCUCCAAGUAUGACCCUGACUCCCCAGAACACCUUCAAGAAUGGGAAUCUGCAGGUGAGCAACAGUCCCCGCCUGAACUUAGUGGAAGUGAAGAAGAAGUAUCAUAUCAGGAAGAGGAUGACAUCUACCUUAGUGAGUCGAGAGAGUCUCCUCACAUCCAAACCUCACAAACAUCCCUGCAUCCAGAGUGCACAGACUCAGAGGAUCAUGCUGGCAAGAUAUCACGGCCACAUUCCCAGUCUUCUUUCUCCUCUCUUGGCUGUGCUGCUGAUAUGACCAUGGCCUUGACCCUGACCACAGGACAGCCCACGGGAGCCAGUAAUAGAAAAGGCCCAGAGACUGGAAACAGCAAGCUUGAAUCUUCAGAGGAAGGAGGGAGCAGUGAAGCACCUCCUGCUUCUGUCUCCUUUGGAAUUUCAGAUGAGGGUGCUGAGCAGGCAGAGAAGUGGAACUCGGAGUCUGACACAGAUCUGUGCAGACCAGACAGGCAGAGGGCAAAGUACACACGGCUCAGUCGCGGCGAGAGCCAGUCAGAAAGGCAUGUCAAGGAGACCAAGUCUAAAUGCAAGAGAAUUGCUCGGCUUCUAACCGAUGCGCCAAACCCCCAAAAUAAGGGAGCCCUGCUGUUCAAAAAACGCCGGCAGAGAGUCAAGAAGUUUACGCUUGUGAGUUACGGAACUGGUGACAACAAGGUUGACAGUGAAGACCAAAUAGAGGAGGGGGCUGAAGAAGUUAGAUCAGCCGGGUAUAACUUUGUGGCCACCAGUGAUUCAGAGUUAGAGGAGCAGUAUUCUCUUUAUCAGCAGCAGCACAAUUUGAGUCUGAAUUGGGGAAGUGUUCAAGAAAUGGAUGCUCUACCAGAGACAAAAGGGAAGGGAGUUUUGAUGUUUGCUCAGCGGCGCAAACGAAUAGAUGAAAUUGUUACCGAGCAUGAAAAACUGAGGAGUGAAGGAUUACCUGUGGAAGUAUUAACAGAACCUGCCUGUGAACAAGCACAGCAAAUUUACGACACUGAGGAAAUGUACGCGCAUGCUGAUCAGGCAGAUCAGAGUUAUAUGAAUGCAAAUCUCAAGCAGCAUGGAGAAUACCAAGAAGAUUUCCAGGACAUGAACCAUCUGUCCAAUGUACCAAAACCCUUGGUACCAAACAGAACUGCAAGGCCUUUUCUAGGAUUUCAAGAUAGCCCAAGUUCUACCCCCAUACCUGGGAGUGUUGUUCCAGUUACAAAGAAACACGAAACAAGAUUUAAAGUACCUGUGCCUAUUAACACUAACCCACAGGUUUGGUCUCCAACUGGAGACAUAAUAGCCUCAAGAGAUGAGCGAAUAUCUGUGCCAGCCAUCAAAACUGGCAUCCUACCAGAAUCAAAACAGAAAGCCACUAAUAAACAGUCAUCUGUGCGGGCACAAUAUUCAGAUCUUCACACUCAAAACAAAGGGGAAAGGAGGUCUUAUAUUGAUUCGGAGGAGGACUGUUUUAGUCUAGGUGCUGAAGCUUGUAAUUUCAUGCAACCCAGAACAAUAAAACUCAAGAAUCCCCCUCCAGUAGCCCCAAAACCCACCCUCAACCCAAACUGUCCACCAUGGAUGAGAAGGAGCCCCUCCAGCGAGCCCAAUAUUCCGCCAAGAAGUCCGGUUUCACAACCUUCGCACAGUCCCGUGGGUCCUCAUAGUCAGAAUUACUUACAGCAACAAGACUGGGCUCAGCUUCAACAGAUGGCCAACCGCUGGGCACCAGAUCAAACUCAGGCAACACUUCAAACACCUACUAAUGCCUGGGCUCCGGACAGCUCUUCUCAGCUUCAUCUGCAGCCAACCACAAAUAGCUGGAGUCAACAGCAGCAACGAUCCCCUGGAUUUGGUAGAAGUCGUUCGCUGAGCCUGCCUCAGAGACUGAGUUCAAUGCCUUCUCCUGGACAUCUGUCACCAGUGAGCACACCCGGGGUACUGCCAAUACAGAGGCAAACAUCAUUCCAAGAAAAAGUCCACAAACCACUUACACCAUGGGAGGCAGCAUCAAGAAGCCCUAUUGGCUCUGUGGAUGAAGCCUUUUUGUUUCUCCCCUCAUCUGCAGCUACUAAUGCCAAAGCUGCAAAGCACCGGGGAUCUCUGCCAGAGCCUCCAGAAGAAUGGAAACGCAGGGUAUCUCUUGAUCCUGCACCUGUCAGUAAGAGUCAUUAUCAUCAUGAGGCCCCAGCUUUUCACAUUCUUACCAAGAGCAGGACAUUCUCACCUGAGAAACCAGCCUUCUAUGGGCCUCCCUUCAGACCUGCCCAGCCUCUUAGGGCCAGUAUUGGGCAAAUGGCACAAGGCUUCAGUCCAACAAAGUGCUCUCCUGUGUACAGUGCAUUUCAGCGAAGUUAAUAGAUGAAGUCAGAUAUCAGAGAAAGAGAAAUAAUAAAUGAUAUUAACAUUGUAAGGCACAGAUUUUCCUUCAGAGUAUAGAAAACAUGAAAUGCAGAGAAUUGUUAUUUGUCACUAGGAGAUGGAGUACUGUAUGUCGAAAAAUGAGGGUAAGGCUUUGGCACAGUUUAAGCCAUUUGUUAUGUUGGUUUUGCAUUUAUGACGGGAUGGAUAAUUAUGUUGAUUGCAUGAAAAAAUCAUUUGGUUUAAAGCAAGAACAUACUGUGACGAUUGUGUGAGAUAUGAGCUCAGCUUUCAUGGGAAAUGUUGCUAUUGUGCCACCAGAGUGUCAUCCAAACAGUAUUAUAUCACUCAUCCUAUAAUAAUCAGAUUUUUUCUCAGUAGUAAUGCAGUGGCGAUUACACAAGUAACCAUUUCCAAUAAUCUCAUUCACUUUAUUGACUUUUGUGUUUUUCAGACAUCAUAUGGUUCCUAUUUUAUCUUUUGCAAUGCAUUGCCAGAAAAGUUGUAAGCUUACAAUCAGUGUGUGUGCCUUAAGGAAAGUGUUAUUUAAAGUGACAAACUGUGUGUUGGCUUAUUUGCUUUUAUUUUGUUGAUCUUUUAAUAGGAAUGAAUCCUGCAUGAAUAAAUGCAAAGUUUCCCACCUUUGAUCAGACACUGUGUGGUGUUUAAGUGUUAACAGAAGCAGAUGCUGUCCUUGAGUGCCAGAGUUUCCACGUGACGCGUGCAAAUUUAAAGUUGGGCUCUUACCGUGUACAAUAUCACUGUUUUCACUUUUGAAACACAAGAAAUAAAACAGAU